AAAACGCAGGGCCUGCUUCCGGUAGUCUGGGGCGUACACUGCGGCGAAGGCAGUGCUGAGGCGGUCCGGCUUCGCUGAGUUUAACCCCCUAGAGCUGAGUGGCCAUGGCGGCGGCUUUUCGCAAGGCAGCUAAGUCCCGGCAGCGGGAACACCGAGAACGGAGCCAGCCUGGCUUUCGAAAACAUCUGGGUCUGCUGGAGAAAAAGAAGGAUUACAAAGUUCGUGCAAAUGACUAUCAUAAGAAACAAGAAUUCCUUAGAGCUCUCCGGAAGAAGGCUCUUGAAAAAAAUCCAGAUGAAUUCUACUAUAAAAUGACUCGGGUUAAGCUCCAGGAUGGAGUUCAUAUUAUUAAGGAGACCAAGGAAGAAGUAACAGCAGAGCAGCUCAAACUCAUGAGGACUCAGGAUGUCAAGUACAUAGAAAUGAAAAGGAUCGCAGAAGCUAAGAAAAUUGAAAGACUCAAAUCAGAGCUCCAUCUGCUGGAUUUCCAGGGGAAGCAACAGAAUAAGCAUGUGUUCUUUUUUGACACCAAAAAGGAAGUUGAACAGUUUGAUGUUGCAACUCACUUGCAAACAGCCCCGGAACUAGUUGACAGAGUCUUCAACAGACCCAGGAUCGAGACUUUGCAAAAGGAGAAAGUGAAAGUCACCCCUCACGCUAGACUUAAGCGGAUGGCCAAAGAAAGACAAAGGCAAUAUGACUGCUUGACACAGCGGAUUGAACGGGAGAAGAAAUUGUUCGUUAUUGCACAGAAAAUCCAAACACGCAAAGAUCUUAUGGAUAAAACUCAGAAGGUGAAGGUGAAGAAAGAGACAGUGCACUCCCCAGCUAUUUACAGAUUCCAGACCCGUCGAAAACGUUGAAGUGGUAUAGAUAAACCUUACUGGUCUGCAUUGAAAUGCUUUAUUUUUUCCAGGGUAAUAACGUCCAAGUCCAUUAAGUCCAAAUGGCAUGGUUUUCCUGUUUGUAAGCAUGAUUUAUUGUCAAACUGAUACUUGAUGUCUUUCUGUGAACAUAUUAAAGCCCCUUUCCUGGCA